UGCGGGCAGCCCCUCUGCCCGGGGCGGGGCGGAGCCGUGGGGCGGGGGCAGCUCAUCCUGCGCUCCCGCCGCGCCUCGGUAGGCAGCGCCGCAGCCCCGCGGGCGGAGAGCGCGGCACCCCCUGCACCGCAUCGCGCCGAGACCGGCCCCGUCUCUGCCCCGCCGCCGCGAUGAGGAGCCGCGCCUGGGGAGCCGCGCCGUGCCACGUACCGUGGCUCGGCCAUGGACGAGGUCUCUUCUAUGGACAUUGAACUCCCAGCUACCUAUGCCUAUUGCCUGUGAUGGAAGAACUUGAUGUUAAUGUGAGUUCGAGUGAGGGCUUUGGCGUAGCGGAGAAGAUCGUGCUGCUCACCUUCAUCUCCGCCGUUAUACUGAUGGCCAUCCUGGGGAACCUGCUGGUGAUGGUGGCCGUGUGCCGGGACAGGCAGCUCAGGAAAAUCAAGACCAAUUAUUUCAUUGUUUCCCUUGCCUUUGCGGACCUGCUGGUGUCAGUGCUGGUGAUGCCGUUUGGAGCCAUUGAGUUGGUUCAGGACAACUGGAUCUAUGGAGAGAUGUUCUGCCUGGUCCGGACAUCCCUUGAUGUCCUGCUCACCACAGCAUCAAUCCUGCACCUCUGCUGUAUCUCGCUGGACAGGUACUAUGCUAUCUGCUGCCAGCCUCUGGUUUACAGGAACAAGAUGACUCCAUUGCGCAUUGCUGUAAUGCUUGGAGGGUGCUGGGUAAUCCCGACAUUUAUUUCUUUCCUCCCUAUCAUGCAGGGCUGGAAUAGCAUUGGCAUCAUUGAUCUGAUUCAGCAAAGGCAGUUCAACAAGGCUUCCAACUCCACCUACUGCAUAUUCAUGGUCAACAAGCCAUACGCCAUUACCUGUUCCGUGGUGGCCUUCUACAUUCCCUUCCUCCUGAUGGUGCUGGCCUACUACCGCAUCUAUGUCACGGCCAGGGAGCAUGCCCGGCAGAUCCGGGUGCUGCAGCGUGCGGGGGCCCCCACCGACGGCCGGCAGCACCACCCAGACCAGCACAGCACGCACCGCAUGAAGACUGAGACCAAAGCUGCCAAGACCCUGUGCAUCAUCAUGGGGUGCUUCUGCUUGUGCUGGGCGCCCUUCUUUAUCACAAACAUAGUGGACCCUUUCAUAAACUACACCGUGCCAGGGAAGCUGUGGACAGCUUUCCUGUGGCUGGGCUACAUCAAUUCAGGGUUGAACCCUUUCCUCUACGCCUUCCUGAACAAGUCUUUCAGACGUGCCUUCCUCAUCAUCCUCUGCUGCGGUGAUGAGCGAUACCGAAGGCCUUCCAUCUUGGGGCAGACGGUCCCCUGUUCCACCACCACAAUAAAUGGAUCAACUCAUGUACUAAGGUACACUGUUUUACAUAAUGGGCAUCAUCAGGAACAUGAGAAACUUCCCAUCCACAAUGACCCUGAAUCCCAAGAGUCCUGUUUCUAGUCACACUCCUAGACGAGGAGUAGCUCAGCUGAAGGGACAGAUUCCUUUAGGAUAACCAAAGGAUUCAUGGACAUCAGGACUUUAUGAAAACUUGUUCAUCUGCAUUGUCAUGGUGCCUCCUGCCCUGACUUCACAUGAAUGUCCAGCUGCAUGGGGGUAGAUAGAUGGAGGCAUGGGAAGGUACAUGAACAGAAUGGCUGAAGAGACUUUCCUGUAUCUAUCUGCAAGGACAGCUGGGCUAUAUGACUGCCUCAGAGCCUUACUCCAGGAGUGAGCUGAUAUCCGUCAAUGUAAGGAAACAACACAGAUAGAUACAAACCACCCAGUGCAUGGACUUCUGUUAUUCCUUUCCAGCUGCCAUCUGUGCACAAGCCACCUCUGUUCUGUGAUAUGACCUUAAAGAUUACAAGUUCUGGGUAAAGCCCUAACACAAUGUGAGACUCAGUGCCCGCUUUAUCUGUGCAAGAUCCUGCCCAACGGUGACUGGAUGCUGUCGGGAGAGAAACAGCACUAUGUUUUCUUUAGCAAAAUAAAAGGAAAUGUUUGCCCUUUGAUUACAGUUACCGGUGAAAGGUCAGCAUGAGCUGCUGGUUCACCCUACCCUUUAGAGCUUUCUUUGUAAAUACUUUACUGUGUUUCCUGGCCAAGUUCUUUGGUAGAAGAUUCAUAGGGUGUAUAUAGUGCCUGACAAGCUGGAGUGGGACCUACAGAGGCAUUUCACUGCUAACAGAAGGCCCUGCAAGCACUAUCUAUCUCAAUCCAGCCCAGCUACUAAAAGACAGCGGCCAUCCUCUGCCAUUCAGAGGCCAAUGGAUGGGAUGUGGCCCUCAAAGCCAGUGCUGUCCUCAUUGAGCAAACUUUGGGCAUUCUUACCAAGAAGAAAGGUUGGCCAAGAGGCAGAGUCAGUCUGUAAUAGAUCACUAAGUGCCAUCUUGAAAGUUACACCGUCUAAAAAGCCUGUAUAGCUACAUUAGGACGAUAGACUUCUGCUUACGUUUUCCAUCUUUAUUUUUCUAUUUGUUUCUAGUCUCUUCUAGUUGAAAUGAGAAGUUUCAAGACUUUCAAAUAUCACCAUAUGCACACCUCUGUUUGCAAAGAUCUCAGUCCUUAGCUGCUUCCUGCAUGUAGAUGUUGCUAUGUUCCUUGUGAGCUGCUUCCACCUUUGCAUGGAAAGGGUAGGCAAUGCUGUAGACUUCGCAACUUUGGGAAGAUGAUUUUCAUGCAGUGGGAAGUAUGCAGGACAAAGACUAUGAGCCUCUACCCUUUUUAGAUGAAGAUCUAACCCAGAGAUGCCACCCUGGGCCUAGAAAAUAAAAUUGAACUUUGUUA